UUGAAUUGUUUUCGAUUUGUGUGGAAAUAAGAACAAUGAAUUUCAAGUUUUGCAAAUGGCAAUUAUUCGGCAUUGUUGUCUUUCUCGUGUUAGAAAGUAUUUCGGUUUUUGGUGAUGAAUUGAAUGACUUUCAACAAAUCGAUGGUCCGGUCCAAAGUGAUUCGAGUCGUGCAUUGCCAACAAUUUCAACCAAUCCAUCUGGAGGUUUGCCGAUUCCGUCGCCCGGCGAAAAGCCAACAUUAUACUUGGGUACAUUUCAAAUUCUUGCAAUGCCAUUUUCACCGGACAAUAUACCGCCGAAUUUCGGCAGCAUUCCGAGUAUAGCGCAGCCAUCAAAAAAGGAUUAAGUUAUCGUAAAAUAUAAAUGUGUGAUCAAAAUGUAUUUUGUGUGUCAAAAAACGA